AUAAAAAUUAGCUUUAGACAAACUAACAUUUAUAAGCAGGCACUUGAAAAGGAGUCAUAGUAAAGAUAUAAAAAAAUUCUCAAGUAAUUUAUACGCGUGUCAUUUGUAGGGGAAUUCCUUUGGUUACUUGCCAUGUACCAUUCUUCAGGCCCAUGUCGUGCCCACUUCAGGCGAUCCAGUCAGCGUGAUCGGUUGCCCAGGCUGAGUAGCUCGUCCACCAUGGAUGUGGCACCUCGCUUUCAGAGAAUACGACGCGGGAGCACUUGCGAGGCGGAGAGGCGAGUGGCCAAGGCGGCCCAGGACGCCAAUGUGCCGCCGGCCAAGCUCUAUCUACGCUCCACCUCACGGGGAUUGCGUCGUGUCCUCGAGAUCUAUAUGCCACGAUUCCAGCCCGACGAGCACUUGGCCAGCGCCGAGGAGGAGCAGCGGUCAGAGGACGAACUUGGCGAGUCAGCCAGGACACGGGAGCCACAGGAAGCUCUGCCCAUUGCCACCAACUGGGCGGUGGUGAAGUGGCGGACGUCGGAUGCGGUCGCCUGAUGGCAUCUUGCUUGGAUUUGCUUAACGACCACUUGAUGGGGCUCCUCCUGCACUUGGGAGUGGAGGAUGAUUGAAAAAAGAGAAACAAUGCCACCAACAUCUGCUUCCAAUUACACUCGAUUGAGGAUGGGGAAAAACGCCAACGGGCUGGUUUCUUCAGACAUCAACACGAGCACUUACUUUCUUGUUCUGGAACUCGGGGCGUCGUACGAAUGUCAACGGAAUGUUUGUCAGCUAUUAUGGAAAUCUUAAAACAUUCCUAAUUGGCAGCAGCAAAAUUGUUAAUAUAUUUGUAAGUGGUUAUUUAAAUAAAUC